UUAUUGCUGGUGCAGUAAAGUGUGCAGCUUAUGGUUGGAUGUGAUGGAGUAGUUUAAUAAGUAACACCGCCUUAAGAGUCUAAUUUCUUAAGGAAGGACAUGAUGAAUGGGAUUCUUUGCAGACUGGAGUACAAUCUACAAAGAAUCUCUAGUCUACAGUGGAAGUAUGAAGAGAUCUAAAAACUGAAAUACUCGAGUACAGUGUAGUUUGAACAUAAACACAGCGCACGAAUUAACACGUGGUUUCGCCACUGAGUGACAGACAUUCAGGGUAUUGUGCCAGAUAACGUCUGCACUGUAGACCCAUAACUUCUCUUGUCUUUAUAAUCCAUCCCAUGGAUAAUGCAGCAGACGUCAAAAGAUGACAUAGAGUGGGCUCACUGUACUCUAGUUUAAUUGCGCAGAUUUACAUCAAAUAUGGUUCAGCAGGAAAUAACGUUUAGCAAAUAGGUCUUAUCACUCUUUUGCAGGUAGUCUGUUUAAUUAAAAACGCUGCGCCUCCACUCACCGGCUCCUAAAGAACUCGGGGGGCGUUAAGACCCAGCAGAGGUACAACAGUGAACAUCUGUCGCGGUCUCCUCUGUAUGAAUUGCGCUUGGGCUCCAGUCUGAAGACACACGGGCAGAGGCAAGCGGGCUGGUACAGCGCGGACGGACUGGAGUGCAUUCGGGAGGCGAGCAGAUGACGCUGGACCAUGAGUGAAAGUGGAGCCUUACGCACUGAACCGCAGCGAUAAGACAGCGCGCCGCAAAAUGAAGACACCUAUGCGCCAUGGGGUAGCCGUGCUUCUCGUGCUUCUCCUGUGCGCCAGCUUGUUCCUCGUGUACAACGGCAGCUUCAACGGCGCUUCCAGAGACGCCAACGACACGCGCAUCAGGCAGCAUGAACAGCUGCGGCGGCCCACCGAAGCCUCCGUCGGGGUCGCCAAGCCUCACCCCCCGGUCCUCCAGGGAUACAACAGCAUCAUCGACCAUAAGCCUCUCAGGAUGCACUGCCACACCUGCGCCCUGGUGACUAGCUCAGGUCACCUCAUUGGAGGCGGUCGGGGUGAAGAGAUCGACCGAGCCGAGUGCGUGAUCCGCAUGAACGACGCUCCCACCGCCAGAGGUUACGCCCGUGACGUCGGUCGCCGCACCUCCCUGCGUGUCAUAGCACACUCCAGCAUGCAGCGGGUCUUGCGGAGUCGCAACGAACUGCUCAACGCCAGCCAGGACACAGUAUUUAUCUUCUGGGGCCCUAGCAAUUACAUGAGGCAUGAUGGGAAGGGCCUAGUGUACAACAACCUGAGGCUCAUGAAAGAGGUGCUGCCCAAGCUCAAAGUCUACAUGAUCUCCUGGCAGAAGAUGCUGCAGUUUGAUGAACUCUUCAAGAAGGAGACCGGCAAGGACAGGAAAAUAUCGAAGACCUGGCUGAGCACCGGCUGGUUCACUAUGACCAUCGCCCUGGAGCUGUGCGAUAGGAUCAAUGUCUAUGGCAUGGUGGCGCCUGACUUCUGCAGGGAGCCUCAGAACCACUCUGUCCCCUAUCACUACUAUGAGCCACGUGGCCCAGAUGAGUGCGCUAUGUACAUUUCUCACGAGCGUGGGCGACGGGGCAGUCACCACCGCUUUAUAACAGAGAAGCGCGUCUUCGCCAACUGGGCACGGACAUUUGACAUCCAUUUCUACCAGCCGGACUGGAGCCCCCCGCCUCUCCCAGCCAACCGGACGCUUGAGGGGACAGUCACUGCAGCUCCGCUGAAGACGUGACUUUUGUGGGGUCAAAGAAAAUGCUUUUUGAAAUUUGUGUAAGGACUGUAAAGAUUUGCAUUCAGGGGUUGUGGCACCCUUGAAACAACGAAUAAAACAUGAAGGAAAAUUAGUCAUUACAGAUGAAAACAGAUGCAGCUCCAGCAGUGUUUUGUUUACUGUGGUGAACCAAUUCAAACUUGAACAACCCUCACUGAAAGCCUUGUAAAGUGAGGUAAUACAAGAAGGCAACAUCACUACACACUCUGCUCAUGGUGCAUGCAUGCAAUGUCUUACUGUGGACUCUCUAGCUCGUCGUGCAUAUGUGUGUGUGUGUGUAUGCAUAUGUUUACUAGAGGGAUCACAUGGGAUAUAAACUUGAGUCUGGUCUAUCGACAAAGUCACUGUUGAAUCAAGGAUCUGUGCAGAAUUCACUGCAGGAUUCGUGGAAAGAAAAAUACCAUUAGAAUGUUUUGAAAUCUUGCUACUGGAGGCAGUGCAAGGUGAAUACAAAUAAUGGUGUAGCUCGAGUUAAAUUUGGCUAUUUGAAAGUGUGAACAAUCACUGUUCAGGUGUGAUAUUCCUCUGCAUUUUUCAAAGAUAGGGGAGGUCAAGUUGAAUGAGAUUUGUUAGACCUCCCAUGUCACACAACAAAGGCUCAGACACCUUCAAAGCGUUUUUAUAAAUCACUUCCCUGACUUUCAUUUAGGCUGCCUUUCAGAUGUGUGCAUUAUGAGCUCACCCUAACUCAAACGUCCCGAUGUCGAACAGUCUGGCUGAAUGACAAGCGUGUACUGGUAGGUUUUAUCCUGUGCGUAUGUGUGUGUGUGCACCUCCUCUGGUCCCAGAUGUAUGUAUCAUAAGGCUUUGUUGGCUCCUGUCACCAGUUAAUAGUGAGAUCAUAUAGCUACCAGCUGGGUGUAAAUGCACAAGCAUGUCACACAAGACAGGUAGGAGAUUAGGAUCGAGGGCAGGGAUGCAGCAGCAGCUAUCCAUCCAACUGUGUUUCUGCUGCCAGGUCUGAAAGCCCAAAUCAACGCGCAGGAGAAUUACACCGUUUCAGUGAAUGCUGGGUUUUCCUUUUACUUUUUUUUUUUUAAAUUAAACUGGUGAGUAUGUAAUAUGUCACUCUCUUGUUCUCAUUUACAUACAUAUACACUCUACUCUUGUUUACUACAAUAUAUAGUACAUGUAGACUCCCGCUCUUGAUUUUCUUUCCCUCCUUUCUUGAUCCAUGAAUAAGAAUCUGGCGUCGAUCAGGAUAAAGCGAUGAGACGUGGGGUUAUCUUAAUGAUACAUCCUGGUGCUAAGUCCCUAUUGAUUUUACUCUCAUCUCUGUAAUGUGAGUAAUGAGAGCAGAGAUGCCGUGGGUCAGAUACAUGGGUGCUAGCACCAUGAGGGCAUGUUUCACAUUACAUUUCCUCGGCGGAGACAAAGACACAACUGCUUCUCAUACAUCAUGAACAGCUGCUGCAGUGUCUGCGGUAUGCUGCCAGGCUGAGAGUGCUUCUAACUUUGUACUGCAGCGAGAAUCUGGAUUUUUUUUUUUUCUGGAGAGAUGUUCACUCAUCCAUCAAUGACAGUGUGUUAUUUGUGUCUGUUAGCAAUAUGGUAAGUAGUUGAAUAUUUUUAUUUUUCGCCUAAUUAAACAAAUCAUGCUGUGUAGGUUUGCAAAUACUCACUCUUUGCAUUACAGAUGAUCGCUUUGGUUUAGAAAAUGCAAGAAAACAGUGAAAAAUGCUCAUCUAAAUUACCCAGGCUACCGUGAUAUUUCCUGAUUGUCCAAAAUCUGAAGAUUUUUAUCAAACAGCGAUAAAAUCCUGAGAAAGAAGCAAAUCUCUACCAGUGGUAUUUUUGAUAUCUUUGCUUCAUAAAUAACUUAAAUAGUUUGACACUUUGGAAGAUCUGAUUAUUCCCUUUCUUGCAGAGAGUUAGAUGAAAAGACUGUUACCUCUCUCAUGGCUGUAGCCGGUUAGCGUAGCACAAGCUGAAAGUUAAAUGUAAAAAGAAAAUAAUAAUAAUAAAAGCCAUCUGCGCUACUAUUUGUUUUGUGGUAGUCAAAUGAAACAUACAGAAGCAAGUCUUAACAGCAUCCUCACUCCCCCUGUAUAAGCAUGAAUGGUAUCAAUCUUGUUGUCUGUAAAAUCUGUUGUUAGUUUUAUGUUGACCAGUUGACUAAUCGUUUGAAAACUCGGUAAAGCACCAUUUAUCGGUAGCUUUGUUGUAAACUAAGUACUGUAAGACAGAGGUGAAAAUGCAGGGAAAAAAUUGGAAUAUAACUUCGGUACUUGUGUUCAGCAGUGACCAGGAGGGAAAGAUGAUGUAUGUAGGCUGUGUGCAGGCGAGAGAGCCAGUGAUUCACCUUCACCCUUGAGUGACAGCAGCUGCCAUUUUCACUUUUCAAUCUUGUUCUUCCUGUCUGGUUGUGACAUCAGGCUGUGUCGUACUGAAAUAAUAAUGAAACACGGGACUAGCUACAAGGCUCUCUCAUUACUCCCCAGAGCUACAAAUAGAUUCUUGACCAUGUUCAUAACUGAGUGUGGGAGCAUUUUUUUGUGUUUGAAAAUUGCACUGUACUGCCAUCUCAUAGAAGAUGAGGAAUAUAAAUCAAGCUGACAAAGAAAAGGGAAUUGAAAUAUGCAGUAAAAGGACAAUUUAGUUAUUAGACUGUGGAGCUUUUACCAGAUCAAUAAAAUCUACUUAAUUCAUAUCGGGAUGAUUAAAGGCUCAUUGCAUUCUCUAAUACUCAGAAAUAUUAACAUAACAGGACUGUAAUUAAAAAUCUUCAUCUGAAGUCAGAUGCUAUAAAGUUGUUUUGUCACUAAACAGGAUAUGCAGGCUUUUAGAUUUUUUUAUAUCAUAUAGAACAAGAAGCACCCUGAGAGUGCAAACCUCUGCCAAGGCAGCUUUCUCUCUGGGCAGGAUCUACUUUUAAAGGAAUCCUAUUAAAUUUUGGAUAUAUUUAUUUUGUUUUCUUUGUUCCUUUUAAAUGUACUUUAAAAUUUAUUGUUUGUAGUGCAGUAAAAAUAACACGUUAUGGGGUCAACUUGAAAAAAAAGGCAGAUGUGAAAUGUGAAAGUGGGAUCAGAGGUCGUUAUAUAGGACAUUAUUUGGAUAUUUUCAUGCAAACUGUAAUGUGAUAUGUAGAAUCCCCAUAUAUCAUUCCCCUGUAUGCCUGUAUGUUGUCACUACAAAUAAUGGCAGUAAGAAACAUAUGUUUAAAUAGCUCUGUAUGGCAUUAUUAUCACUUUGAACUUCAGAUCAGUCUUAAAGGACAGAUCAAAGGUCAAUCGAGCAAUUACAUUUUAAAUCUUUAUAAGGUACUUUAUGUUUGCUGAAAAUACACACCACACUUGAUUUCUAAUUUUUAAGGAUUUUUGUUCAUUUUUGACCAAUAAAUCGUUAAGCUGGCCUCAAAAACCUUGAUGUAUGUAACGUACAUUUUAAGUGUACUCAGAGUUGAGCUUCCAAACUUGGCACACAGGUCCACCUUAAGCCCCUAGCAAGCACCUAUCCAUCCAUCCAUCCUCUUCUGCUUAUCCUCAUUAGGGUGGCGGA